CAAGCGCAGGCGAGGAGGCUGGGGGCGGGGGCGUGGUUGGGGGGAGGAGUAGGAGAAGACAAAAGCCGAAAGCGAGGAGGGCUCCGGCCGCACACACCGGCAGCCGGCGCAGGGAGGCCGCAGUGCACGGGGUAUCCCUGUCUGCAAGCAGCAUGGGGAAGGGGGGGAACCAGGGCGAGGGGGCCACCGAGCGCGAGGUGCCGAUGCCCACGUUCAGCUGGGAGGAGAUUCAGAAGCACAACCUGCGUACCGACAGGUGGCUCGUCAUUGACCGCAAGGUCUACAACAUCACCAAAUGGUCCAGCCGGCACCCGGGGGGCCAGCGGGUCAUCGGGCACUACGCGGGGGAAGAUGCUACGGAUGCCUUCCAUGCCUUUCACCGCGACCUUAAUUUCGUGAGCAAGUUCUUGAAGCCCCUGCUGAUCGGCGAGCUGGCCCCGGAGGAGCCCAGCCAGGACCGCGGCAAGAACUCCCAGAUCACCGAGGACUUCCGGGCCCUGAGGAAGACUGCUGAGGACAUGAACCUGUUCAAGAGCAACCACCUGUUCUUCCUCCUCCUCCUGGCCCACGUCAUCGCCAUGGAGAGCAUCGCGUGGUUCACCGUCUCUUACUUCGGCAAUGGCUGGAUCCCAACUGUCAUCACGGCCUGUGUGCUUGCUACCUCUCAGGUCCAAGCUGGAUGGCUGCAACACGACUACGGCCACCUCUCUGUCUAUAAGAAAUCCAUGUGGAACCACUUGGUCCACAAGUUCGUCAUUGGCCACUUAAAGGGUGCCUCGGCCAACUGGUGGAACCAUCGCCACUUCCAGCAUCACGCCAAGCCCAACAUCUUCUACAAGGAUCCAGAUGUGAACAUGCUGCAUGUGUUUGUCCUGGGCGAAUGGCAGCCCAUUGAGUAUGGCAAGAAGAAGCUAAAGUACCUGCCCUACAACCACCAGCAUGAAUACUUCUUCCUGAUUGGGCCUCCGCUGCUCAUCCCUACGUACUUCCAGUACCAGAUCAUCAAGACCAUGAUCGUUCGCAAAGACUGGGUGGACCUGGUCUGGGCCAUCAGCUACUAUGCCCGAUUCUUCAUCACCUACGUCCCUUUCUAUGGCAUCCUGGGAGCCAUCCUUUUCCUCAACUUCGUCAGGUUCCUGGAAAGCCACUGGUUUGUGUGGGUCACGCAGAUGAAUCACAUCGCCAUGGAGAUUGACCGCGAGCCGUACCGAGACUGGUUCAGCAGCCAGCUGUCAGCCACCUGCAACGUGGAGCAGUCCUUCUUCAAUGACUGGUUCAGUGGGCACCUCAACUUCCAGAUCGAGCACCACCUCUUUCCCACCAUGCCCCGGCACAACUUCCACAAGGUCGCCCCCCUGGUGAAGUCUCUGUGCACCAAGUACGGUAUCGAGUACCAGGAGAAGCCACUGCUGAGGGCUCUGCUGGACAUCAUCAAGUCCCUGAAGAAGUCUGGGGAGCUGUGGCUGGACGCCUACCUCCACAAAUGAAGCCGCAGCUCUUGGGGCACCCAGGGGGAAGGGGGAGCAGGCGGGCGUGAUGGCCCAGGGAGGGGGGGUUUGUUCUGAGGGGUAUCCGUGAGGCUGGGGCUCACAGACCUCAGUUUUGGUCUUUCUGUUGUUUUCUCUCCUUUUCCCCUUCACUUCUCCCUCC